AUAACAGCCCUUUCAUUUGGUUUUAUGAACACUUGUAAAUUAUUUGUAGUACUUGGUUUAGGAAGAACACGAGGCCCUGUACAUUUGCUAUGUAUAUUUGCUGGGCAUUUCCAAUACUUAUAUUGCCAGUAGUUUGAAGUGUAGAAUCUGACCCCUGUUCUGCUUCUCAAGGUAACUUUAAAACAGGAAGUGUACAAAGGAGGUAACUGAUGACGUGAAUAGCCAAUCAUGGCUUUGUGUUCUUAGCUGAUAAAGCAGCUCAGCCAAUGGGACUGUGCUGGAGGCAAGGUUUGGUGUCAAAUAGCAGGCUAGAUUGAAUGUCUUUGACUGUUAAAGUGGAAGGAGGCUGCAGGGCUUCAUUGGAGCCUCGGAGUUUUUCACUGAGGCAGGGGUCAGCUGAAAGACAAAGAAAAAUGGCGAAUAGUUUGCUUGGGGGUGGGAGGACAGCUGUUCGGGUUUUCACUGGAGUGGACAUUCCAGACUCUGGUUUCUGCAUCUCCUGCUGCCUUUUGUUUUCUCCGUGCUUUUUUUGGGGGGAGGGAUAGGAGUGACUUAAAUUCUCCCUGUCCGAGGAGAUAUAAAUAACUACAUGUAAAAUUAAUGCAGUUCCCGUUGUUGAAAUGUCCACAGAAGGAGGGUUUGGUGGUACUAGCAGCAGUGAUGCCCAGCAAAGCCUCCAAUCCUUCUGGCCUCGUGUCAUGGAAGAAAUCCGGAAUUUAACAGUGAAAGAUUUCCGUGUACAGGAACUCCCACUGGCUCGUAUUAAGAAGAUUAUGAAACUGGAUGAAGAUGUGAAGAUGAUCAGUGCAGAAGCCCCUGUGCUCUUUGCCAAGGCAGCCCAGAUUUUUAUCACAGAGCUGACUCUUCGAGCCUGGAUCCACACAGAGGAUAACAAGCGUCGUACUCUUCAGAGGAAUGAUAUCGCCAUGGCAAUUACAAAAUUUGAUCAGUUUGACUUUCUUAUCGAUAUUGUGCCAAGAGACGAAUUGAAACCUCCAAAGCGCCAGGAGGAGGUGCGUCAGUCUGUGACUCCUGCCGAGCCCGUCCAGUACUAUUUCACACUGGCUCAGCAGCCCACUGCUGUCCAAGUGCAGGGGCAGCAGCAAGGCCAGCAGACCACCAGCUCCACGACCACCAUCCAGCCUGGGCAGAUCAUCAUCGCACAGCCCCAGCAGGGCCAGACCACGCCUGUGACGAUGCAGGUUGGAGAAGGCCAGCAGGUGCAGAUUGUGCAGGCCCAGCCUCAGGGUCAAGCCCAGCAGGCCCAGAGUGGCACUGGACAGACCAUGCAGGUGAUGCAGCAGAUCAUCACUAACACAGGAGAGAUCCAGCAGAUCCCGGUGCAGCUGAAUGCCGGUCAGCUGCAGUAUAUCCGCUUAGCCCAGCCUGUAUCAGGCACCCAGGUCGUGCAGGGACAGAUCCAGACACUUGCCACCAAUGCCCAACAGAUCACACAGACAGAGGUCCAGCAAGGACAGCAGCAAUUCAGCCAGUUCACAGAUGGACAGAGGAACAGCGUGCAGCAAGCUCGAGGCUCUGAGCUAACGGAGGCAGAGCCCAGAGAAGUGAAAGCCACAGGAAAUGCAACUCCCUGCACCUCCUCCCUGCCCACCACACCCCACCCCUCACAUCAGGCUGGUGCCUCCUGUGUCUGCUGCUCCCAGCCCCAGCAGAGCGCCACCCCCCCUCCUCCCUCUGACGCCUUGCAGUGGGUAGUGGUUGAGGUAUCUGGGGCCCCCAACCAGUUCGAGGCCCACAGGGAGCUGCCUGCGCCUCUCCCAGGGGUGACCUCACUCUCUCCUCUCCACCCCUCGCAGCAGCUCUACCAGAUCCAGCAAGUCACCAUGCCUGCAGGCCAGGACCUCGCCCAGCCCAUGUUCAUCCAGUCAGCCAACCAGCCCUCCGACGGGCAGGCCCCCCAGGUGACCGGCGAUUGAGGGCCUGAGCUGGCAAGGCCAAGGACACCCAACACAAUUUUUGCCAUACAGCCCCAGGCGAUGGGCACAACCUCCCUCCCCAGACGACCCGGCGACCUCAGCGCCUCCUGCAGGCUAGGACAUUGGUGCACUGCACCCUGCGCCUGGGGGGGAGGGGUGUCAAGAUUCUCCAACAGAAAGAUGCAAUAUUUUUUAUUUCCAUUUUUCCAUUUUUUUCUCUUAAGGAGUCAUACUUCAAUAUGUUGAGCUGUGUGUCCAAUGCUAUGAAAUGAAAAAAUUAAAUACAUAUUUAUGGCAUUUUCUUGAAUGCGUGUGGUUGAAGAAAUAUUUCUCCAUUUGUUUUUCUUUUUUGGUUCCUACCGCCACUUCAUAGGAGCAGAUCAUCCUUCCUAGGGGUACAUGGGAUAUUCUGACUCUUGGAACAGCUGUUGCCCCCAAGAUUCUCCCCCCCACCAAUCCUGUCUGCACUCAAAUUGAAUCAGGUGAAGGGAUGUAGCUCCUUUUCCACCAGUGCUUCUGUCCCAUCUGCCCUCCACCGAGCUUUGUAUUGGUAUCCAGAGGUCAUGGAAGUGUUCCUUCUUUUUAGGAGAGGAACUCAUUUCCCACAGAGAGCAAUGGUUUCAUUCUCAACCUUCCUCUCCCAGGGAUCCAAGGAGACUAGAACUUGGUGCAUCUGCUGCCCCCUCCACCUUUAUUUUAUUUUUUAAGUACAUUAAAUAUUGUGCCAGUCUUCUUUGCUGCAUGGACUUCAAACCGCAUGAAACGCAAUAAACCUCAUUUUAGA